GGCUCCGGCUCCUUCCCCCGCCCACCCAGGCGGCGCUGUCCCUGACCGAGCUGCGGGAGUGAGGGUUCAGAGAUGGGCAGUGAGAAGGAGCAGAGUCCAGAAGCACACCUGCCUGAGGAAGGGGAAGGGGAGAAGCCUUGGAGAGUGGAUGGCUCAGAGGGUUCUCAGAUCAUACCUGGGGAGGAACAUGGGCAGGCAAGUCUGUCGAAGGGUCUUCAAGGAACACAUUCAAAAAUGCCUUGGCAGAAAGCCACUGCCCAAGCUGGAGGCCCUGGGAACCCCAUUGCUUUUCCAAGCCCAGAGGCGGAUGAGAAGCCUUUUAUAUGUGUGCAGUGUGGCAAAACCUUCAACAAUACCUCCAACCUGAGAACACACCAGCGGAUCCACACUGGUGAGAAGCCAUACAAGUGUUCGGAGUGUGGCAAGAGCUUCUCCCGAAGCUCCAACCGCAUCCGGCACGAGAGGAUCCACCUGGAAGAGAAGCACUACCAGUGUGCUAAGUGUCAGGAGAGCUUUCGGCGGCGCUCAGACCUCACUACUCACCAGCAAGACCACCUGGGCCAGCAGCCGUACCGCUGUGACAUCUGUGGCAAGGGCUUUAGUCAGAGUGCCACGCUGGCUGUCCAUCGCCGAACCCACCUGGAGCCCGCUCCUUACAUCUGCUGCGAGUGUGGGAAGAGCUUCAGCAACAGCUCCAGCUUUGGGGUACACCACCGUACCCACACGGGUGAGAGGCCUUAUGAGUGCACCGAGUGUGGACGGACGUUCAGCGAUAUCUCCAACUUUGGUGCACACCAGAGGACGCACAGAGGGGAGAAGCCGUACCGCUGCACUCUGUGUGGGAAGCACUUCUCUCGAAGCUCCAACCUCAUCCGACACCAGAAGACACACUUGGGCGAGCAGGAUGAGAAAGAUUCUAGCUAAAGGAGAGCCCUGCUUAGAGAGUGGGGGAGAGCAUAGAGCCCACCUCCAUAGGAGAAGGAGGCCUUAAGGACCUGCUGUAGCCACCUGGCCUGCAAACCCUUCCCUUUGUAGAAUGGUCCCUUGUUGCCUUUGAAGUCAGGGAAUCCUGCCUCCUCCCAGGCAGUUUCUUGCCUUGGAAAAUCAGAGUGCCCAGUCUUCACUUCCUCAGGGGUGGAGAAAGUGGGAUAGACUCAGGACUUGCGCUUGUCAUUGGGACAUCAGUCCCUGGCUUUGUGGGACGUGCCUGAGAUGGUGUCACUGUCUGCGGGUCCUUUAAAGCCAUCUAGCUUCAGACACACCGCAGUGCCCUGUGAGUUCCUACCUGCUGUGCCUCAUCCAACACAACUUCUAGAGCCCUAGGCCCGGAGGCGUGGCCUCUGUUGGAGGGGCCUCUCUGUCUGAGAAGAGGCCUGUGGUUCCUCAGUAAGAAGGAAAAGGAAGCCUCAGGGAUCCAGAGUCCAGGGACCCUCACACUCCCCGUGUGUGUUACCUAUCUUCCUCACCCCAACUUGAUCACUCCUCAGUGAUCACCAGUAAAACACGUC